AUGUCUAUUACUAUGACUGCUCUGAGUGAAACAUCGUCUCCUGCAUCAGUGGCUACCCCAUCUAGUUUUGGUGUUGAUGCGUAUGCUGUACCAGCUGCUGCCGCACCCGCCCUGGCUUACGGUACUCCUUGCGGUACAGGCUACGCAUAUGAUGGUCUGGCAUACGCUGCACCAAUUGAAGGGCUUGAAAUAACCGAGCAUAGGCACCACAUCCCGCACGGUAGCCAAAUCCGGGAGCAGCAAACGCAGCAGGAGCGAUAG